AUGGAUCCGUUGUCCAUCACCGCCAGUGUCGCUGGACUGAUAACGCUUGCAGGAGUCAUCAUCUCGAAAGGUUUCCAAAUCUCGGACAGGUUUAUCAAUACCGAUAAAGAGCUAAAGUCGCUUCUCAAUGAAGUUUCCAGUUUUUCUGGUCUCUUAGUUGGUGUGCAGGCACAUUUUGAACAGCCUCAAGCUUCAGCCCCUUUUUCCAUAUACUCUCUGAACCUACCAAGACCCAGCGGAAGGGGUCAGUCACCAACGACUCCAACCGAGCAUCUUUAUACUGCUCUCAACGAUUGCAAGUCUAUAUUAGAAGAUGUGAAAAAGUUGGUAGAAAAGAUAUCCAUCACGCCCUCCUUCCAGCUGGUUCUUCGCCGUGAGGUCUUUUUAAAAGAGGCUGUCAAACACGCUGCCAAACUAGAGCGUUACAAAUCCUUUUUUAUACUAGCCUUUCAGAUAAACAGCUGCGCACGCGAAGAAGAAUCCCGGUCGAUCACUUCUUUGAUGAAGAAUCAAUUGGAGACGAUCGGGGCCGCACAAAGACGUCUUGAAGAAAAACAUGAGGCUGAAAUACAGGGCAAGGUGAAGGACGAAAUCUUCGAUUGGUUGGGGAAUGCCACAGUAGCAGCUCAUAGUGACUCUUUAGAAUCAAGACACCCGGAGUCAGGGACAUGGUUUCUUAGCAGCUUUGAAUUUAUAGAUUGGAUAUCGGGCGAUUCCUCCAACCUCUGGGUUGAUGGCAUAGCUGGCUCGGGAAAAACGGUUCUAAUGUCUAUGGCUAUCGAUUACCUUCAGGAGCUUGCAGAAAACAAGGACGAGUUGAGCGUGGCUUAUCACUAUUGCGGGUCUCCAGAGACACGCCAGGACGGCCUUGGAAAGCUGCUUGGUAGACUUGUGUCCCAAAUUCUUCGGCAAGCUAAGUCGAGAUCUGCCUUGGGUGAUACAUUCGAGGCUCUGAGCCGCGUCAAAUCUCGGUCUAGAUACCCUCCCCUGGAACAAAUGAAAAAGACCUUGAAUACUAUAGGAAGUUGCUUAUCCACCGUUUUUAUGGUUAUUGAUGGCAUCGAUGAGCUUGCUGACUCUGACGGCUUCCUGCGCAUUAUUCGAGAGAUCUCCAUCGCUUCCAAGUCUUUCAAAUUCUUGAUAUCAAGUCGAAGUAACGCUACAGCUGUUGAUUCGUUGUCAAGCUGUCGUCACAUAAGUUUGAACUGUGACCUUAUCGACGGCGACAUUGAACGAUAUGUCCGAUUUCGUGUCUCAAACUUCCGGUGGCAUGACGUUCCGGACAUAGAAGAAAUAAUUCAAGGGCUGGUCAAAGGUGCAGAUGGAAUGUUUUUAUGGGUUGUUUAUCAACUGGAUUCUCUGUCACGCAUACGGACAGCGAUACCAAAAUCAGCUCUUAAAUCAUUACCACGAGGCUUAGGACGUACAUACGAAAUGAUUCUGUCAAAACUGUCGGAUGAAGACAAACGUCUAGCCCUCAGAAUACUGCAAUUUAUUCUGUAUUCCGAGCGUGGCCUACAUCCGGCGGAACUAGUGGAAGCAAUAGCUAUAGAUCCCGAUCAGAUGAAUCCACAGCAACUCAAGGGAAAUAGGCUUCGCAACGAAGAUGAUGUUUUCGAGAUUUGCAGUAAUCUCAUACGGCGCUCAAAGGCAACUGGACACAUCAUGCUAGCUCACCACUCUGUUCGGGAAUUCUUGAUAUCCCCUUCUCUAGAGUCGGGGGAGCUCAAUCCUUUUUACAUCAGCGAUAUUGAUUCCUCGAUCAAAAUUGCAAUGUCAUGCCUCACAUAUCUUAAUUUCCAAAGUUGUCACACUCUUUCAAUUUCUGAGGAAAUUCCUGAAGAUUCUCUGGAUAGGCUCGUUGCCGAAUACCCUUUCCUUAGUUAUGCUGCAUGCAACUGGUCUCGCCAUAUUCCCACCAUCUAUGCCGAGUCCCAGGGCUUAUUAGAACCUAUUAUUCAAAAGUUCUUCAAUCCAGAACUUGGAGGCCUGAAAUUUUGGAUUGCGUUUGCGCAAUAUACCUACGGAAGGUUUCGGAUUCCGUCCAAGUUGACGUCGCUCCAUGUCUGCUCCAUAGUCGGUGCCUGUGAAGAGGUCAUCCAGCUUGCCUCUCCAAAAGAGAAUGCAGACAUACGUACUGAGAGAGGGCAGACAGCACUUCACCUUGCUAUUGACAAUGGCCAUCCAGAACUAAUUGGAAGUCUUAUUAAAGCUGGGGUACCAAUCAAUACCCAAGAUGGAUAUGGCCAGUCAGCUUUACAUAAAACGAUAGAACUGGGAGACAAAAAUGCCGUGAUAUCACUCCUUUCGGCUGGGGCAAACGUCAAUCUAAUAACACAUAGUGGGACCACAGCUUUUAGCAUUGCCGCGGAUAAUAACUGGACUGCGAUUAUGUAUCUCAUCGCCCGUGUGGUUAAAACCAAGCUUACUCUCCCAGAUGGUCGUACCGUCUUACAUCUUGCGGCCCAAUGUGGAGAUAUUGAAAGUGUGCAAGAAUUGAUAAGAAGAGACAACUCAUUAUUACAUCAGAAAGACCCAAAUGAAUGGACAGCUCUUCAUUUUGCGGCUCACCAUGGGCAGAUCCGCAUGGUCAACUUCCUGCUAGACAAAGAUAUAAGGCCUAGUUUAGAUAUCAACGAGUGGUCACCAGCACAUUCUAUCAUCCAGCAUCGAGAUACAACAACUCUAAAGCGGCUACUAGAGUGCCCCUGGUCGGCCGAUUAUGAGUCUAGAGUAGACUAUUUUGAUGUACUACGCCGGGAAGUUCAUCCGCGCCCCCCAAUGUAUCAUUCGCACAGGCAAAAGUACGGAAAUACAGGCAGAUCCACUCAACAGGAGCCUACAUCAUCAUCUCCCACGCCUCGGGUGCCUUCGCUUACUCGCAGAGAUCAAUGGCGAAGUCGUGACUCCGCCUCACCUAGCCCUUACCCGACCCCCGUGCUAUUUGGUAGUGCAUCCAGUGGCUCUUCAGAGCGUGGGAUCUUUGGUCAGCCUCCGGUCCCCCUAGGCUUUCCGCAAAGUCUAUUGGGUGAGAGAAGGACCUCUGGGGCAUACGGACGUUCCACCGAACCACGGCUUCCUAAGUUUCAUUCGAUUAUACGAUCCCUACUCGAUCUCACCAUAUCAUUAAACUAUCCCGAAGGUUUUGGAUGUCUUAUAGAGUGUCAGGGCGAAUACACUGUUCUGGUAUUGGGCCAAUUACGCCAAUUAAAACUCGUUUUGGAGGUUCCAGGAGGAUCUGAACUGUUUAGGCUGCUAUUCUUAGAGUCACCACUAACCGUCCAGUUUGACAUUCUACUAUUUGCAUUGACGGAGAGCCGCAGUGACUUCCGUUCAACUGUUCAGCAAGCGAUAAAAAAUUCCCCGUAUCGUGUUCAUGGUGCCCUUCUCAUACACUCAGUUGACCGACUCAAAGCCCAGCCUCUGGAGUUUUUACUAGAGACAUUGAGCCCUGGCCAAAGGUUACAUGUUUUAUCAUGGGCCAUUGACCAGUACUAUGACGUUGACUUGAUGGCACGAACAGUCAGCCAUAGGCAUCCAUGGAAGAAGGAAGUUCGUUUAAGGGCGUUCUUGAGGAUUCUCAUUUAUGACAAACACGCCGAUCACAUCAGCUCCAGCAGCGGUUCCUCAAUCAAUGAUGGACUUCGCCUACAGAACGAUCACUUCACUUUGCUCCUUCUAGAGGAAUUGGUCUUUCAGGGGCCGGCGCAGAUACUGAAUGUUUUUUCCAACUUCACGCAUUUCUCAGACGAAUCACCCAGUCUGGACCUUGUUACAAGUUUAAUUGAUUAUGCAAAUCGAAAACGUGGCUUCAGUGAUGGAGAUGACAGGUUUAUAAACGAUGUCCUCUCUUCGACGUUGCUGUUGGCUAAGACAACAGGGAGGGCGGAUAUAGCAGCAAUGCUACUCGAAGCGGGUGCCGACGAUAAAGUCGUGGAGAAGGCUGAGCCUGCUAUACCCACAGAACUUACAACCCUCCAAAUUGAGGACAAACUCAGCCAACUAAGGCUGAUGUUAGCCACGGUCGAAGACAGCCGAUAACGGUAGAAAGCAUCCCAUAGAUGAGCUAGACUUUUGCUUCUGGUUUUAAGACGAUUAAAGGGUAAUUCAAUAAAUCCCCAGCAAUUGUCGAGACAAAAAGAAUCUCGGGCCGAAGAGUGUAUUGUACGGCUGUGGCAGGACUUUUUUGAUGGC